CCACUAAAUGUUUCCUGCGUUCCAAAUCUGUCUGUCAGUUCCACUUCCCCUGCUCCAGUCACACCUCGUCUAUCUUCUCUCUCUCGCUCUCUCGGAGUUAAACUCUUGGCAAAUAUUAUUUGCGCAAUCUGGGCAAAGAAAUCAUUGAUUAAACAUUGACCUGAGAGAAAAUUGUGAGAUAACUUUUGCGCCCAAUUAUUACUUUUGUAAUCAGUAUUUGCUUCUUAUCUCAUCUCAUCAACGAGCUGAGACAAGGAAACGGAACGAACCUAGAAAAUCAUUAACCAUACAGACCUACAGUAGGUUUAUGGUCGAGCUACAGAGCUUUUGUGGGUAAAUCCGUUUUCUCCCGUCUUCCAGGCACAUGCUAUUCUGACCCAUUCUGUAGCUUUGCCCAAUGGUUGUGAAUAUAUACGUACGUGUAUCAGAGACGUAUGCGAAAGUUUUGUCAAGUUUCUUAUCCGGUCAGUUGGUGCAGUGAGUGGCCAAAUCUCUAGAAAUUUUUAUUGGUUUCUUUUACUGGAUUUGAUACAUACAACUUGCUGCAGAGGAAGAGAAUCGAAUAAAGGAAAAGUUGUGAAUGGUAUGUUCGACACGGAAACAAUAAGAUUGGAAACAUCAGCAGCAAGGCGGACGGAGGAGGAAAGCACGGGUUUGGUGAGAACCACUUUCUCCGGAGAAAAGUUGACUCGCUUCAUAAAUCUCAAGACUCUGUGUGGCUGUUUGUUUCAUCGUUCCUCAUAUUUGAAGUUGAACGCCUUGGGAAAUAAGCACGAGGACGGGUGCAGCUUUAAAACCACAGACGAGAUGCUGGACAAUGAAAACGACACUUUGCGCGAACGGGUUGGAGAUUUGGAGAAGAAGGUGUACGAGUCGCGAGAUGAGAUUUUGUGCCUCCGAGCCACUCUGGCCGACGUUCUGCGAAGAAUCACCAAUCUCGAAGGGAGCAGAGGUCCAGGCGGCCCACAGCUGCAAUUACAUCACCAGCAACAGCACAUUACGAAUGGUGGUGGGAGCAGUCCGCAUCAUGCCCACUUCAAAGAACCACUAGGUCGACUUCGCGUCUACGCCACAAAUUCCGACCCCAGUCGUGUGGAUUGGCGGAGAUCCGGACUCACCAACGGUCACGGGCAAAACCAGCAUGGACCCAACUCUAAUCUAAAUAGACGGAUAAAUCACCACCAGUCGACGGGCAGCCUCCAUUCUGCGGAUAGCCAAAGUUCCAACGGCCUCUCUCCGUCACCAUCACCCUCCCCGCACAACAACAACCGGGCCACACCCUCUCCACGGAACGGAACGACCCCUUCCAGCCCAGGCCCAGCAGCAGUUGUUCCCCAGCAGCAAAGAAACGGAGGGGCCACACCCACGCCCAACGGCACCACUCCGUCCCCUCUGGCGAAACGGUGGAGCUCCACCAGCGACUUUCAUAGCGGGAGCAAUCCGUCCUUAUUCUCACAAAACAGCGCGAUGGCAGCCAGAAAUAAUGUAACGGCACGAUCACUUCUCAAUUUGCAUGUGAAGACUCCUCAUGUGAGGCACGGCACCAAGGACGCCAUGUUCAACGGGGAAGAAGGAACAAUCCGAAUUUUCAUGAGGGGUCGUCCUGUGACAUUGUACCUUCCGAAUGCCCUCAUUGACAACUACAGCUUAUCCCGAGUGGCCACCGCACCCCUGGCCAAACUGAGGUUGGAAUGGGUAUACGGGUAUCGAGGCAGAGACUGUCGAAGCAAUUUAUACUAUCUCCCUACUGGGGAGAUGGUCUAUUUCAUUGCCGCAGUUGUGGUGCUGUACAAUAUUGAAGAGCAACAACAAAGGCAUUAUUUGGGACACAAUGAUGAUGUGAAAUGCAUGGCAAUUCAUCCGAACAAAUUAAUUGUCGCCACUGGACAGUGUGCAGGGCACGACCGAAGAGAAGGCAAAGCCCAUGUCCGAAUUUGGAAUUCUGUGAGUCUUCAUACACUGCAUGUCAUCGGCUUGGGAGAUUUCGAACGCUCCAUUUGUUGUCUCUCGUUCUCCAAAGCUGACGGAGGUGCUUUACUUUGUAUCAUUGACGAGUCAAACGAGCACAACAUUUCUGUAUGGGAUUGGCAAAAGGGUGAAAAAGGUUUCAAGUUGGCAGAGAAUAAGUGUUCUGGAGACACUGUGGUAGCAAUGGAAUUUCAUCCCUUGGAUAAAAACACCAUCAUCUCUUGUGGAAAAGGACACAUUUCUUUCUGGACUUUUGAGAAUUGUUGUUUGUACAAAAAGUUGGGAAUUUUUGAUCAUCGGGAUAAACCAAAGUAUGUGACCUGCCUGGCUUUUACCUCGACUGGGGACAUUGUUUCUGGGGACUCGAGCGGAAAUCUGCUCGUCUGGGCACGUGGCACCAAUGUGGUCGCGAAAGCAGUUCGAGGGGCCCACGAAGGACCCGUUUUCAGUAUUUAUGCCAUGAAGAAUGGAGAAAUUCUUACGGGUGGGGGGAAGGACGGGCGAGUGGUGCAAUGGGACAUUUUGUCCUCAAAAGUUGAAGUUGAGACUGUGAUUCCCGAGCAAUAUGGUCCAGUACGGAUAAUUACUGAAGGAAGAGGAAGUCAACUGAUUGUGGGGACAACGAAAAACUGCAUUUUGGCUGGAAGUUUCCAACUCCCCUUCCAACAAAUCGUGCAAGGGCAUACGGACGAGUUAUGGGGCAUGGCAAUCCACCCAGAGCAACAACAAUUUAUCACCGGGGGUCACGAUAAGAUGAUCAUUUUAUGGGAUUCGUUAUCACACACAUCCGUUUGGUCUGUGGAUUUCGAUGAAGCAAUUCAGUCAACUUGUUUUUCACCUGAUGGGUCUGUGAUCAUUGUGGGGACUGCGUUGGGUCACUGGUUUGCUGUUUCUGCUGAGACGAGAGAAAUUAUCUCACAUCAUAACGAUGGCUCUGAGCCAAUACAGGUUGUUCGAUUCUCACCGGACGGAAAAAUGCUGGCAAUAGGGUCGCGCGACAAUAUUAUUUACAUUUACCAAGCCAGUGACAACUUCCAUAAAUAUAACCGUAUUGGUCGUUGCUCUGGACAUUCAAGUUUCAUAACCCACUUUGACUGGUCUGGCGAUAGUACAUUUUUGCAGAGCAAUUCAGGAGAUUACGAAGUAUUGUUUUGGAACGCUUCGGUCUGUCGUCAAAUUCCACAGAGUUCACAACUUAGGGAUACCGAAUGGGCGUCUGCGACUUGCACCUUGAGCCCGUUGACAUUAGGGAUAUGGCCAGAAAGUGCGGACGGCACUGAUGUCAACGCAGCAGACAGGUCGCACGAUAAAAGAUUACUGGCUACAGGGGAUGAUUUUGGAAAAGUAAAGCUGUUUUCCUAUCCUGUUACCCAGCCAAAGUCUUUGUGCCACACUUAUGGAGGUCACAGUAGUCACGUUACAAAUGUACAGUUUCUUCAAGAUGAUACGCGACUCAUCACUUGUGGUGGCAAAGAUUCCAGCGUCAUGCAAUGGGUUAUUUGUUAGAUUAGUACAUAAAUAUAUGAAAAACUGUGUACAUGACUUGACUUGGAAUUAGAUAGUAUAUUAUAUAUAGUCCACCAUUGUAUUGAUCAAUAUUUUAAAUCUCGCACACCACGUACAUUUUAAACUCGAAACUAGAAUGUAUAAUAACGGGGUCCUUUAUUGACUAAACAUUUGGCGUUGGUGGGGAGCAUUUCGUCUGUUAACACGUAGUAGUAUUAUUAUGUCACUUAUUUCAUCCAUCCUAAUAUUGAGUAUUCUGAAGGAACACUCUUCAAUUUAAUUCAACAUGAAUUAUUUAGCAUGUAAACUAUUGUAAACGUUACCAAUAUCUGAAUAAUAUUUCGCCUUAAAUAAGCAAUUUCAGAAAUUAGUGCGGAUGGAUGGAUGGGUGGGUUGGUACUCCUAGAUGAAUAAUACUUUGCGAGAGAGUUCAAAUUUGCAUAAUCAAAAGUACAAGUUUUUUCAUGUAACUUUUUGUGUACGAGAUUUGACCCACAAUUUGAUUUUUUUAUUUGGUUGAAAAUAUUUUCAUUUUGUUAAUUUCUUCUGAGCUAAUGACUUUAUAAGCAUUGAAUUCACUUUUUCUGAUGAAUUAUGUAUGUAUAUGGUUAAUGUUUACUUUGGACAUGCAGAACCGUAAAAAAAUAUUAUAAUCUAGUUUAGCAGUGGAAAUCCUGAAGCUUGUCAUGAAAUAAAGUUCUAUAACUGACUGUAAA